CAGCCUUGGAAACCCCACAGGGCAGUUCUACUCUGUUCUACAGGGUCACUAUGAGUUGGAAUCAACUCGAUGGCAACGGGCUUUUUAAAGCUUUUCCUAAUUUUAGGACUAAAGUUUAGGCAUCUCUCUGACCACCUGUCCUCACUCCUUGCAGAAAUCCUGGCAUUUCUGCAUCUACUUUCUUAUGUCUGUAAGAUAAAGUAGGACAAGACCUCAUCUGUAUAUAUUAUAUUACUGAUUCCACUCCUGGGACCAGAAUAGAGGAGAAAGGCUAUGAUUCAGCACCAAGGUCAGAGCUAGUAGCAAUAGCCACUGGGCCCCCUUUCUUGCUUGAAGGAGAAAUGUGGUUUAGUUGAAACAAUUGGAGCAUAGACAUUCUUCCUUUGAGACUGUAUGAAGUGGAAUAGCCAGCUGUUGUUAUUGUCUGAGUGCAGUUUUAACUAUACAGUCUGUAUGGUUUCACAUCAAGCCGAAUGCAGACUGUUGGAACAAAGAAUAACUAGAUUUCCGUUUAGACCUAGGGGUGUGGUUAAUGCUGGUCAGAGAGUCUGGUUUGAUCCUGAUCUACCCUGGCGCAGUCCUGUAAGUGACUUAAUUUUUGUUAUCAUAAUUACUGAUAAGACUGCCUGGGUCUGUUUUUCAGAAACAGAGCCCUAAGGGCUAGGCUGGAAAUAAGCUAGUUUGUAGAGAUGGGGAGGUGAGCCAUUAUUUAUCCUAUUUCAUGACAUUUAACUCUGUGAGCUCAUAAGCCUAGAUGGAGUUCUAGACUAGGAAAGUGUCAUGUUCUCCUAUCUUUAGCACUAAAAUGGAAGACCUUCUGACCUAUGGCCUUGCCCGGGCGGAAGUUGAGAGGGAUGAGUCUCUCAGACACAGUAAUGGAUCUAUCUUAUCAGUACUUUUUUCCUUUUACACUUGCAUUUUCAGAUAUCAGAAUUCUCUCUGGGAACGUUGACCUCUUGCUUGGUGCACUGAAGUUUCUCUGAGAUGAACUGAUGCAUUGGAACCAUGGUGCAAAAAAAGAAGUUCUGUCCUCGGUUACUUGACUAUCUAGUGAUCGUUGGGGCCAGGCAUCCAAGCAGUGAUAGUGUGGCUCAGACUCCUGAAUUGCUACGGCGCUACCCUUUAGAGGAUCAUGCCGAGUUUCCCCUGCCCCCUGAUGUGGUGUUCUUCUGCCAGCCAGAGGGCUGUCUGAGUGUGCGGCAGCGGCGCAUGAGCUUGCGGGAUGAUACUUCUUUUGUCUUCACCCUCACUGACAAGGACACUGGAGUUACACGUUAUGGCAUCUGUGUUAACUUCUACCGCUCCUUCCAAAAGCGAAUGCCUAAGGAAAAGGGGGAAGUUGGGACAGGGUCCCGUGGAAAGGAAGUAACCCGUGCCACGUGUGUCUCAGAAGAGGUUGGCACUGAGAGCUCCGAGAGUGGCACAUCCCUGCAGCCUCCCAGUGCUGACUCCACCCCUGAUGUGAACCAGUCUCCUUGGAGCAAACGCCGGGCCAAGGGGGGAGGCCGUUCCCGCAACAGCACCCUGACAUCCCUGUGUGUGCUCAGCCACUAUCCCUUCUUCUCCACCUUCCGAGAGUGUCUGUAUACCCUCAAACGUCUGGUGGACUGCUGUAGUGAGCGACUACUGGGCAAGAAGCUGGGCAUUCCUCGAGGCAUACAAAGGGACACCAUGUGGCGCAUCUUCACUGGAUCAUUGCUGGUGGAGGAGAAGUCAAGUGCCCUUCUACAUGACCUUCGAGAGAUUGAGGCCUGGAUCUAUCGAUUGCUGCGCUCACCAGUUCCCAUCUCUGGGCAGAAGCGAGUAGACAUUGAGGUCCUACCCCAGGAGCUCCAUCCAGCUCUGACCUUUGCUCUGCCAGACCCCUCUCGAUUCAACCUAGUGGAUUUCCCACUGCACCUUCCCUUGGAACUUCUGGGUGUGGAUGCCUGUCUUCAGGUGCUAACCUGCAUCUUGUUAGAGCACAAGGUGGUGCUACAGUCCCGAGACUACAACGCACUUUCCAUGUCUGUGAUGGCAUUCGUGGCAAUGAUCUACCCACUGGAGUAUAUGUUCCCCGUUAUCCCACUGCUUCCCACCUGCAUGGCAUCGGCAGAGCAGCUGCUGCUGGCUCCAACCCCAUAUAUCAUCGGGGUCCCUGCCAGCUUCUUCCUCUACAAACUGGACUUCAAAAUGCCUGAUGAUGUAUGGCUAGUGGAUCUGGACAGCAGUAGGGUGAUUGCCCCCACAAAUGCAGAAGUGCUGCCUAUCCUUCCAGAACCAGAAUCAUUAGAGCUGAAAAAACAUUUAAAGCAGGCCUUAGCCAGCAUGAGUCUCAACACGCAGCCCAUCCUAAAUCUGGAGAAAUUUCAUGAGGGCCAGGAGGUCCCACUUCUCUUGGGAAGGCCCUCUAAUGACCUGCAGUCCACACCUUCCACUGAAUUCAAUCCACUCAUCUAUGGCAAUGAUGUGGAUUCUGUGGAUGUUGCAACCAGAGUGGCCAUGGUACGUUUCUUCAACUCCCCCAACGUGCUGCAAGGCUUUCAGAUGCACACACGUACCCUGCGUCUCUUCCCUCGGCCUGUGGUAGCUUUUCAGGCUGGCUCCUUUCUAGCCUCACGUCCCCGGCAGACUCCUUUUGCUGAGAAAUUAUCCAGGACACAGGCUGUGGAGUACUUUGGAGAAUGGAUCCUUAACCCCACCAACUAUGCCUUUCAGCGAAUUCACAAUAAUAUGUUUGAUCCAGCCCUAAUUGGUGACAAGCCAAAGUGGUAUGCUCAUCAGCUGCAGCCCAUCAAUUACCGAGUCUAUGAUGGCAAUUCCCAGCUGGCUGAGGCCCUGAGUGUGCCGUCAGAGCGGGACUCUGACUCUGACCCCACUGAUGACAGUGGCAGUGAUAGUAUGGAUUACGAUGACUCAAGCUCUUCUUACUCAUCCCUUGGCGACUUUGUCAGUGAGAUGAUGAAGUGUGACAUCAAUGGGGAUACUCCUAAUGUGGAUCCUCUGACACACGCGGCACUGGGGGAUGCUAGUGAGGUGGAGAUUGAUGAGCUGCAGAACCAGAAGGAAGCAGAAGAACCUGGCCCGGACAGCGAGCUCUCCCAGGAAAACCACCCCCAGCGCUCUAGCUCCAGCACCACGGCCAGCAGUAGCCCCAGCACUGUCAUCCGUGGAGCCCACUCUGAACUUGCUGACUCUACGGAGAUGGAUGAUAAGGCAGCUGUAGGCGUCUCCAAGCCCCUUCCUACCGUGCCUCCCAGCAUUGGCAAAUCGAGCGUGGACAGGCGUCAGACAGAAAUUGGAGAGGGGUCAGUGCGCCAACGAACCUAUGACAGUCCGUACUUCGAGCCCCAAUAUGGCUUUCCCUCUGAGGAAGAUGAUGAUGAGCAGGGGGAAAGUUACACUCCCCGAUUCAGCCAACAUGUCCAUGGCAAUCGGGCUCAAAAGCUGCUGCGGCCCAACAGCUUGAAACUGGCAAGUGACUCAGAUGCAGAGUCAGACUCUCGAGCGAGCUCUCCCACCUCCACCGUCUCCAGCAACAGCACCGAGGGCUUCGGGGGCAUCAUGUCUUUUGCCAGCAGCCUAUAUCGGAACCAUAGCACAAGCUUCAGUCUUUCCAACCUCACACUGCCCACCAAAGGUGCCCGAGAGAAGACCACGCCCUUCCCUAGUCUGAAAGGAAACAGGAGGGCCUUAGUGGAUCAGAAGUCAUCUGUCAUUAAACACAGCCCAACAGUGAAAAGAGAGCCUCCAUCACCCCAGGGUCGAUCCAACAAUUCUAGUGAGAACCAGCAGUUCCUGAAGGAGGUUGUGCACAGCGUUCUGGAUGGCCAGGGAGUUGGCUGGCUCAACAUGAAAAAGGUGCGACGGCUGCUGGAGAGUGAGCAGCUGCGAGUCUUUGUCCUGAGCAAGCUGAACCGCACUGUGCAGUCAGAGGAGGAUGCCCGCCAGGACAUCAUCCCAGAUGUGGAGAUCAGUCGAAAGGUGUACAAGGGAAUGUUAGACCUGCUCAAGUGCACGGUACUAAGCCUGGAGCAGUCGUAUGCCCGUGCAGGUCUGGGCGGCAUGGCCAGCAUCUUUGGGCUUCUGGAGAUCGCCCAGACCCACUACUAUAGUAAAGAACCAGACAAGCGGAAGAGAAGUCCAACAGAGAGUGUAAAUACACUAGUUGGCAAAGACCCUGGCCUGGCUGGGCGGGGGGACCCAAAGGCUAUGGCACAGCUGAGAGUUCCCCAACUGGGACCUCGAGCACUAAAUGCUACAGGAAAGGGUCCUAAGGAGCUGGACACGAGAAGCUUAAAGGAAGAGAAUUUUGUAGCAUCUAUUGGGCCUGAAGCAAUCAAACCCGUGUUUGACCUUGGUGAGACAGAGGAGAAAAAGUCCCAGAUCAGAGCAGACAGUGGUGUGAGCCUGACAUCUGGUUCCCAGACGACUGAUCCAGACUCUGUCAUUGGUGUGAGUCCAGCUGUUAUGAUCCGAAGCUCAAGUCAGGAUUCUGAAGUUAGCACUGUGGUGAGUAAUAGUUCUGGAGAGACCCUUGGAGCAGACAGUGACCUGAGCAGCAACGCAGGUGAUGGACCAGGUGGUGAGGGCAGUGUCCACUUGGCAAGCUCUCGGGCCACUUUGUCUGAUAGUGAAAUUGAGACCAACUCUGCCACAAGCGCCAUCUUCGGUAAAGCCCACAGCUUGAAGCCAAGCACAAAGGAGAAGCUGGCAGGCAGCCCCAUUCGCUCUUCUGAAGAUGUAAGCCAGCGGGUCUAUCUCUACGAGGGGCUCCUAGGCAAAGAGCGUUCUACUUUAUGGGACCAAAUGCAGUUCUGGGAAGAUGCAUUCUUAGAUGCUGUGAUGUUGGAGAGAGAAGGGAUGGGUAUGGACCAGGGUCCCCAGGAAAUGAUUGACAGGUACCUGUCCCUGGGAGAACAUGACCGGAAGCGCCUGGAGGAUGAUGAAGAUCGCUUGCUGGCCACGCUUUUGCGCAAUCUCAUCUCUUACAUGCUGCUGAUGAAGGUAAAUAAGAAUGACAUUCGGAAGAAGGUGAGGCGCCUAAUGGGAAAGUCCCACAUUGGGCUUGUGUACAGCCAGCAAAUCAAUGAGGUGCUUGAUCAGCUGGCAAACCUGAAUGGACGUGAUCUCUCUAUCCGGUCCAGUGGCAGCCGGCACAUGAAGAAGCAGACAUUUGUGGUCCACGCAGGGACAGACACAAAUGGAGAUAUCUUUUUCAUGGAGGUAUGCGACGACUGUGUGGUGUUACGUAGCAACAUCGGGACAGUGUAUGAGCGCUGGUGGUAUGAGAAGCUCAUAAAUAUGACCUACUGUCCCAAGACCAAAGUGUUGUGCUUGUGGCGUAGAAAUGGCUCUGAGACCCAGCUCAACAAAUUCUAUACUAAGAAGUGUCGGGAGCUGUACUACUGUGUGAAGGAUAGCAUGGAGCGUGCAGCUGCCCGACAGCAGAGCAUCAAACCCGGACCUGAACUAGGUGGCGAGUUCCCUGUGCAAGACAUGAAGACUGGUGAGGGUGGCUUGCUGCAGGUCACCCUGGAAGGGAUCAAUCUCAAGUUCAUGCACAACCAGGUUUUCAUAGAGCUGAAUCACAUUAAAAAGUGCAAUACAGUUCGAGGCGUCUUUGUCCUGGAGGAAUUUGUUCCUGAAAUUAAAGAAGUGGUGAGCCACAAGUACAAGACACCAAUGGCCCACGAGAUCUGCUACUCCGUGUUGUGUCUCUUCUCAUAUGUGGCUGCAGUUCGUAGCAGUGAGGAAGAUCUCAGAACUCCACCCCGGCCCGUCUCUAGCUGAUGGAGAGGGAUUAAGCAGCUGCCCCAGCCCAGGGGACACCCCCUGCCUCUUGCUCUUCCUAGUGCACAAUGCUGCUGUGACUGAGAAGUGGAUGAUCUGUGUAUGUCUCUGCAAGCCCUCGAGGGACUUAGUUGGUUCCCAGUUAUGUGUCUCUUAAGUGUAUCUUUGAGUGUGUCCAUCACAGGGCUGAGCUAAUCUCUUCCACUUUCUCCCUCUUCACUCCCACUGUCCCCUCAGGGCUCAAGAGUGUGUGUUUGUGUGUGCGCGCGCACGCGCCCCUGUUGGGCCAGUGGCUUCUAAGAACUCUGAGUGUUGACUAGUGUGAGUCCACUCUUGCAUGUCCUUGAGACAUUUGUGUUGUGUGUUCUUGUCUGUGUUCUUGGUGUUGUAACCUCCAGUGCGGGAGCCCAGCUCUGUCCUCUGAUCCGGCACACCUGGGCGCCUGGAGCAGUUUCGCUCAGUGAGGGGUGAGGGAGACCCGAGGCCUGCCCUGCUGAUAAGGUGGGUGGGGGAAGGGAGGGAAGAGUCAGGGGCAGCUGCAUGAGCAGCAGUCUCCCUGCUUCCUUAUGCAUUUCCCAAGGUGGCAGCCGCUACCCCAGGGUCCUGAGCUAUGCCGCUGCCUUCCAUGACCUCUGUCACUGCAGUGAAGCAGCGUUGAGAGACGGCCUUUUUGUUGAGCAGCAACCUGCCUAUGGUCUGCCUUGCCUCCAGCAUGAGAGAGCAGAGUGCUUGGGGCUAGUAGAGUCCCAGGGACCACUGACUGCUGUGCCCAAGAAUCAGGGAGGGGUGGGGAGAGGCCAGCUCAGUGCACGCGCCUGUGUCUGCAGGCACUGGGUGCUGGAAGGGAGAGAUGGCCUGCGGGUGGGCAAGAGAUGAUUGUAAAUAUUUCUCCUCCACAUUAUUUAUAGAAAAUGUACAGCUGUGUGAAUGUGAAAUAAAUGUCCUUCAUUCCCCUUGGGCUUGCUGGCUCCCUUGCAUUAAAUGAUGCUUCCUUUCAGCCCAGACCUGAGGAAGGCUGUCCCCGGACACUAAAACGGUACCUCAGGCUUGAAGUAAGGAGGGGACAAGGCUAUGCACAUCCAAGCUCUGGCACGCUGUAGCCCCAACCCCUGGUUCCCCCUCUUCUGGCUCAUCGGGGCUCCUCACC